GUAGAAUGCAUAUAAGCUCUGCUAUCAGCACAUAAACUUAAUAGAAACACAGUCAAGAAAGGGCAAUGGCCGCAGCCGCCCUCGGCAAGGUGGUGGGGCCCGGAGACAAGGUGCUGGGUGUACCCGAGCAGGGCACGCUGCGCCUGUCCGCAGGAUUAACGACGCACGACGGGGCGGUGACUUCGCUUAAAGGCGGGGUAUUAAAGUCGACACGCACGGGGCAGCUCUUCCUUGAAGGGCGGCAAAAGAGGUACAUACCAGCGGAGGGCGACGUAGUGGUGGGCGUCAUCUCGGACAAGCACUCGGAGAACUUCACAGUGGACAUCGGCGGGCCCUUCAACGCGGUACUGCCACAGCUGUCCUUUGAGGGCGCCACGCGCCGCAACCGACCCAACCUACACCCCGGCGACCUGGUCUAUGCGCGCGUCGUCACCGCGCACCGCGACACCGACCCCGUGCUCUCUUGCAUGGACUCGGCAGGUCGCGCCUCCGGCUUCGGCCACCUGAAGGAAGGCAUGGUGCUUAGCUGCUCAUCAGCCCUGGCACGGCAGCUUCUAGGCAGCCCCACGGCGCCGGUGCUAGAGGCGCUGGGGUCGGGCCUGCAGUUUGAGCUGGCAGUGGGGUUGAACGGGCGAGUGUGGCUGUCCGCGCCGACGGCGGCAACGUGUGUGGUGGUAGCGAACGCGAUCUCGGAGAGCGAGUUCCGGACGCCCGCACAGGUGCGCACCAUGGUGGCGCGCGUGCUUAGCCGGUUAGGCUGAUGAACUGAUGACAUUGUGGCUGGGAGUUUGAAUAAGGAGGGGCGUGUGACGUCAGGACAGACGGGUUGCCUGGAAUGGAGUGUGCGCUGGCUGGCCCUCCAGCUGCGGGUAUGGUGACCAGCACUUGAUUUGGGUGUGACUCUUGACAAUGAUAAACGAUGCUAGAGGUAUGACCGGAGCCAGGAUGCAUCAUUGGACAGAACUGCUUUCGACUGUUAUAGCGAGCACGGUCGGGUGUGUAGGGAAUGGUGGCGAUGCUCAAAGCUGUCCCUCCGGCCUCCGUGGUUGUUGUCAGCGGCGCCGUGGUCGUAUUUUGUCGUGGAACGUGUUUCUCUCCUGCAUUUGUUCAGCUUCGUGCUAGGCCGCUGGCCGGCCUGGCCCCACGACUUGUGAAGCCAGGCAUUAGGAUGCAUCAGACGCUUCAGGCGGGUCGGGGCCCAUGUGGUCCAAGGCUUUGCCGCUUAACCUUCCAUGCCUUUGCCUGGACAGU